AUGGCGCGCCAUGUGAUACAAGACUCUGAUGAUGAAGGCAGUGAUCUCAGUCCUGUCAAAAGCCCGGUGGCACCAGGGUCAGCUCAAGAUGCCCUGGGUAAAUCUGUAGAUCGACCUGACGCGUCACCCGCACCAUCUCGGAGCGGCUCUACAGACCCAUCUUUCUUUCAAAGAAUCUACGAUGAGCAUAAUCAGAACGGAAGCACAGAGCCCUUGAGGCAACGCCAGGGAGAUAACGAUCCAGGGCUUAAUCCUGGCCUUGUUGACACUACCCCGAACACUCGUUCUUCAAUUACCGACCCCACCAUGGCAAAAGUAGCUCGCAGUAAAACAGCCCAUGUGGCAAACGCCGAACAAAGCUCUGCUUGGACGCAGGUUACCACUCCGGGGAGGCCGGGUCGCGAGUCGGAAAUUGACGUCGACAUCUGGGACAUUCCCAUCAGCCCAGAGGCCAUUGUACCAGAGCGCAAAAGUGCACGGAAGGCUGCUCCAGCUUCGGUUACCAAAGUGUACGGCAAGCGAAGGAAGAUCUCUCACCAAUCGGUUGAUUUUGAAGACAGCAGAUAUGCUGAUCCGGAACCUCAUUCAUCAGCAACACCAGUCGACAAGCGAGCGGGGCAUGAUGACCAGACCUUCUUGAUCGGGGCAACAACUAUGAACAGCCUUGUAUCAGUGAAUAUUCCAACAACUAUGAACCAAGUUGGAUCUACAACCAUGUCGGCCUUGAAGAGACCUACAACAGGCGUUGGGAAAUACGCCUCACGUCAAGUACAGGAUUCUUCGACAGAAGCCCUUAGUCCGGACAGUGUAAACUUGAUCACUGUUCCCGUCAGCGACGAUAGGAGCCACCCAACUCCCGUCAAUGCUAAGCGCACUCGAGGUCAUUCCAGCGGCCUGGUGACCGAAACGCAGCUUGCAGAUACACAGAAUGAUACUCGAAUUGAGGUCAAUUUGUCCCAAGGUUUGAGCUCCAGUGACAAGCAAGCAUAUCGGAUUUUCAACCUAUCUGGAGAUUCGGAUUCAGCGGAGGCUAUGGAUAGCUCAUCGCUGGCGCUUCCAGUGACUACAAAAGGCGGAAAAGACUCAAGUAGAUCCAGUGGCGAUGCCACAGAAGCUGCGGCGACACCGAGCGCAUAUGCGGGCUCUUCAGCUCGCCGGACAGCCGAAAACAGCGACUUACCUUCCACUGAAAUCCCAAUGCCUCCUCCAUCUACGUCGAGUAACCGAGGACGGAAGAGGAAGUCAACCGCAAUACCAACAUCAUCACCGGACAUUAUCUCAGGCACUGCCACAAGAUCCGCUAAAAAACGGAAAUUUAGAGGCGCUGAUGACAAUGAGCUUGGAGCACAUGACGACACAACUAGUCACAGUCCAUCCGCUCUGCGUUCUUCGCGCCCGAGGUCAUCAGCUCUUGAAUCUCUUCCUGAUACGCAACCACCUCCUGGGGGCUUUCAGCUGCCACAGCUGCAAGAGAAUCCUGCUCCCGUCGUCAAUGCUACAAACCCACCUGCAAGACAAGAGGAUGUACCUAUGCAAGAAACCGGGCGGAGCGUGAAUCCUAUUUUAAUCUCUUCUGGUCAAGAGGCACCACCGGAAGAGCCUAUAGUUGCACAGGAACCUUCGGUACAGACGCAGAAGAAAAGGGGCCGCAAGAAAAAGGAGAUACUAAAGCCUUCAGAAUCUUCCACUCUACCUGCCGAGACUGAACCAGCAGUCGGUAAUGGAGAUACGCCCUUCUUCCAGAAGGAGGAUACUCCAAUACUGCAGACCGCUGAGACACUCGAUGCAAAGCCCAAAAGGAAAAGAGGGAGACCCAAAAAGUCUGCAGCUAAAGUUGAUGAUACGUCAACUAAUACUCCAGUUGCCACAUUAGAGAACAAUCCUCUUGGGGUUGAAGGAUUUGCUGACGACACUCCUCGUUCACAUGUCAACAUCAAUGGCAGAAGUAGAAACACGGGCGACGAUUCCAAGGACCGCCAGAAGAAGGAGUCGAGCGAACCCGAUGCGCAAGAGGACCUGGGCACAAGUGACGGAUGUUCCCUACAAAAAAGUGGGCGCAAGGAAAAGCUACCUGCAAUUGAAGCCGCACAUGCGAAUAUACAGACGAACAAAACCGAGGAGGAGAUCAAGGACGAAAAGCUUGUGAAGCCAUUGGUCUCAGCCGAGCCAAUCAAAAAGGAGGCAGCCAGCUGCAGUGGAAUUGGAAGUCAUGUUGGCAAGGCUACUUACAGGGUGGGAUUGAGUAAGAGAUCACGGAUUGCGCCUUUGCUCAAGUCAUUGCGCAAGUGAAAGCAGGUUUUACAUUACUCGUCCAAGACCGUGAAACGUGGAAACGUGGCUGCAGGCAAACUCACUCCACGUUGGGGGUGAUGAUUGUUUUGUGUCCAUUUCGUCUCGCGUCCUCCCGGUCUCCACCUAUUUGCUCCCCUUACCCAUGAACGAU